AUGACUGACCAAGAACAUAAACAAAAAAAUUACCUUGAUACUGGUUUACAUAAAAUUCAUAAAGUUCUUUUAUUUUGUCAAAAUCAAUAUGACUGUCGAAAUCAAAUAAUUAGUCAUUAUUAUCUUUGGAAUGAUGAUAAUGAUAUUUGUCAUCUAUUGGAAAUUAUUGAAGAAAUGAUUAGUAUUAAUUUUAAAAUUAUUGAAGAUGAUGUAGUAGAAGUUUUUUGUAAAUCAAAUACUAAAAAAAAUCGGAAAUCAGGUUUAGCUGAACUUGAAGAGUUGGCUAGUUAUAUGCUUACAGAUUUAGUAAUACGUAAUUAUAUACAACAAAAGACUUCACUUUAUUAUUCUUUACCAAAUGCUCAAACCUUAUCAGCAAAUACAUUUAUAAUGGAACUUGUUGCUAAAGUAAAA